AGCGUGGGGCGGAGCGCUGUGCGCUGCCUGGCUUUGCAUCAGAGACCUGCGGGCUUUAAAGGCACCCGUGAGUCGCAGUGCCUAGACCUCUGCUGGACCGUCGCCACCAUGCAUUGUGUACCGCUGCUGCUCUUCCUGGCCUUGCUGCUCGCAGGCCCCGUCGCCCCUGUGCGCCUCGGCCCGAAGCGUCCUUCCCGCCUCGGCGGCUUCUCCUGGGAUAACUGUGAUGAAGGAAAGGACCCCGCAGUGAUCAAAAGCCUCACGCUCCAACCUGACCCCAUUGUUGUUCCUGGAGAUGUGAUUGUCAGCGCUGAGGGCAAGACCAGCGUGCCCCUCACUUCUCCUCUGAAGGUGGAGCUCACUGUGGAGAAGGAAGUGGCUGGCUUCUGGGUCAAGAUCCCUUGUGUAGAACAGCUAGGUAGCUGUACCUACGAUGACUUCUGUGACCUGCUGAACCUAUACAUCCCACCUGGAGAGCUCUGCCCUGAGCCUCUGCACACCUACGGGCUGCCCUGCCAUUGUCCCUUCAAGGAAGGCACCUACUCACUUCCCAUGAGCAACUUCACAGUGCCUGACCUGGAGCUGCCCAGCUGGCUGAGCAGUGGCAACUACCGCAUCCAGAGCACCCUGAGCAGCGGCGGGAAGCGCCUGGGCUGCAUCAAGAUCGCUGCCUCUCUUAAGGGCAGAUAGCCUGGUGGCAGCCACCACACAAUGAAGGGGCAACAGGAUGACAUGCCUCUUCUUCUGUGUUCCAGGGCCCAGACCUGUCCACCUCUUACUCUGUUCUCCUAUGAUUAUGUACCCUUUCCUGCAAAUCAGUGGGCAACCUGACCUGGGGGAGGAGGGACCAGGCUGGGCUGUAAGCCAUGCUCCUCCCCACCCCUACCGACUUUCCAAGAGUUUCUUUCAUGCCCAAGGCAGUCAAGGGAUGGGAACCAACAUGUUCGGGAAUCUUAACUUCACACUGACCCAACCUGGGCCCCCUGAAGUUACCCCCAUCUCUCUUCUUUUUAGUCACCGACUUAAAACCAGAAGAACAGUAUUAACCUUUCUCAGUCCAUCUAAAACCUCUCCUCCGGCAAAGAGGCCUAGGUAGUCAGUCACCUUAGUCUGUCCCCCAUUAACUCCUGUGAUUAACUGUAUUCUUUUCUCAGCCUGCCUAGCCAACACGGGCUCAUGGAUCCUGGGCAGGCAGGCAAUGUGUGGCACAAACCCUGUGGGAGUUGUUCCGGGGAUGCUCUAUUAGGCUCGGCGGAGC